GCUGCAGGGAGCCAGGUGUGCCGCCCGCCCCUGCUGCACGGAUCCCUGCCCUGGCUGGACGGAGGCAAGGCCCUGGGCAGCCACCACACCGCCUCGCCCUGGAACCUCAGCCCCUUCUCCAAGACCUCCAUCCACCACGGCUCCCCGGGGCCCCUCUCGGUCUCCCCGCCCGCCUCUUCGUCCUCGCUGUCGGGGGGCCACGCCAGCCCGCACCUCUUCACCUUCCCGCCCACGCCGCCGAAGGACGUGUCCCCUGACCCCUCGCUGUCCACCCCGGGCUCGGCCGGCUCGGCCCGGCAGGACGAGAAGGAGUGCCUGAAGUACCAGGUGCCGCUGCCCGACAGCAUGAAACUGGAGUCGUCGCACUCCCGCGGCAGCAUGACCACGCUGGGGGGGGCCUCCUCGUCGGCCCACCACCCCAUCACCACCUACCCGCCCUACGUGCCCGAGUACAGCUCCGGACUCUUCCCCCCGGGCAGCCUGCUGGGUGGCUCCCCCACCGGCUUCGGGUGCAAGUCCAGGCCCAAGGCGAGAUCCAGCACAGAAGGCAGGGAGUGUGUGAACUGCGGAGCAACCUCGACCCCUCUGUGGCGGCGAGAUGGCACCGGUCACUACCUGUGCAACGCCUGUGGGCUGUACCACAAAAUGAACGGGCAGAACCGGCCGCUCAUCAAGCCCAAGCGAAGGCUGUCUGCGGCCAGGAGGGCAGGGACGUCCUGUGCGAACUGUCAGACCACCACCACCACGCUCUGGAGGAGGAAUGCUAACGGGGACCCCGUCUGCAACGCCUGUGGGCUGUACUACAAGCUGCACAAUAUUAACAGACCCCUGACUAUGAAGAAGGAAGGCAUCCAGACCAGAAACCGGAAGAUGUCGAGCAAAUCCAAAAAGUGCAAAAAGGUGCACGACUCCCUGGAGGACUUCCCCAAGAACAGCUCCUUUAACCCGGCCGCCCUGUCCAGACACAUGUCAUCCCUCAGCCACAUCUCGCCCUUCAGCCACUCCAGCCACAUGCUGACCACGCCCACGCCGAUGCACCCGCCGUCCGGCUUGUCCUUCGGACCUCACCACCCCUCCAGUAUGGUCACCGCCAUGGGUUAGAGCGCUGCUCGAGGCUCCGGGGGCCCCCGGCGAGGGUCCCCGCGGCCCCUCCGACUCACGUGUUUGCAGGAGCAGUAUCAUGAAACCCACCUGCGACGGAUACCUGUGUUUUUGAAGGCAGAAAGCAAAAUGAUGUUCGCCACUUUGCAAAAGGAGCUCACUGUGGUGUCUGUGUUCCGACCACUGAACCCGGGUCCCAUUUGUGAAUAAGCCAUUCAGACUCACAUCCCUUAUUUAACAGGGUCUCUAGUGCUGUGAAAAAAAAAAUGCUGAACGUUGCAUAUAACUUAUAUUGUAAGAAAAAUACUGUACAUUUGAGGAAGACUUUAUUGCAUCUGGGUAGCUGUGAGGCAUGAAAGAUGCCGAGAAGUUUAAGGAAUGUGGGGAAAAUAAGUGUGGAAAUUAAGAAGAGACUAGGUCUGAUAUCCAAAUGGACAAACUGCCAGUUUUGUUUCCUUUCACUGGCCACAGUUGUUUGAUGCAUUAAAAGAAAAAAAAAGAAAAAAGAAAAAAAAAAAAGAAAAAAAGUGGUAGGCAAAUCAUUCGUUCCUAAGCUGUGGGCCUCUGUAAAGGAAAUACCAGUUCGGGGCAAUAGGUGUUUCACAUUCACCGAUUGCCGCUCGAGGGGUUCAGAUAGCCUUUUUCUAGGCCUACAUGCUUUGUGAACAAGUCCCUGUAAUUGUUGUUUGUAUGUAUAAUUCAAAGCACCAAAAUAAGAUGUAGAUUUAUUUCAUCAUAUUAUACAGACUGAAUUGUUGUACAAAUUUAUUUACUGCUAGUGUUAAGAACUGCUUUUUUUCUUGUUUGUUUCAAUAUUUUCCUUCUCUCUCAAUUUUUUGGUUGAAUAAACUAGACUACAUUCAGUUGACCUAAGGUGGUUGUGCUUUGGAGGGUUUGUUUUUCCAUUUUGUUUUUGGAUGAUAUUUAUUCAGUAGCUUCUAAG